UGAAGGACACCUGGCGACUGGCUAGGAAGCUUCGAAUAGCCGAAUAGUUGUUGCCCCGCCUGUGAUCUCCAACCGAAGCGAACCCCAAAAGCGUAGUUUUGUCGAGCAGCCACCGCCCACCGCCCCGUCGGACCAUUUGCGCUACAAAAUGAGGGUUUAGUUUCUCCGGUGAACGAAUGCGAGAGAGUAGCCUUCCAACUCCUUAAACUAAAGUGGCAAACACCAGUUCCAGGGGCCAAGAGAUAUGGCGAGCUGGAAUCCAACCGAAUUGGCGGAGUUUGUGCUUCGUAAUUCAACCCUGGCGGCAGCAUUUCAGGAUCCCGCAUCCGAAACCGAAAGGGUUCGAGCCAGCUUUCAGUGGGGUGGAACCAUUUCAGCUUCAUUUCUGUUGGUCCUGAAUCAGAAUGGGAGGAGGCUCCCAAUGCAGACGACAUUUCUAUUGGCGUAUAUGUUCAUCAGCACCCCAGCACUUCUGUUCACAAUCCUAAGAACUCAAUUUGGAUACUGGAUAGGUUUUCUAGCUGUGGCAUCAAACCUCUUAAUCUCAUUCCCUCAACCAAUUCCAGGUUUGUCUCGCUUGCUAAUGUUCAUCGUGACGCCUGACUGGCUGGCCAAUGCACUUCGCAAUUCCUUCUCCGGAGGUCUCAUUUGCCUUGCAAUCGGAGUUUCAGUGGUAGUAACAGAGAUUAGAGCCAUUGGAGAAUCGAGAAACUGGAAUUGCAGCUUGCAUUGCCUUGGCUACUGCAUUGCUAUAGGUUUCCUCCUCUUCUUCACAAUACUAUACCUCUCCUUAGGAACUUGGCAAUGA